GAAGCUGGAUUACUGCAGCAAAUUCAAUUAAUCAAUUUUAUGUGCCAUAAAAAUUUAAAAAUUACCUUUGGUAAAAAUGUUAACUUUAUCAUUGGAAAUAAUGGAAGUGGUAAAAGCGCAAUCAUGGUGGGCAUAAUUGUUGGUUUGGGUGGACGCUCUCGAUUAACUAAUCGAGCAACCUCAAUGAAAGGGCUAAUUAAGAAAGGCAGCAGUUACGCUCGCAUUAUUAUAACCUUAGCAAAUGAUGGUUCCGACAGUUACUAUCCGGAAAAAUUUGGUAGUAAAAUCAUCAUUCAAAGAGAUUUAUGGCAAGAUGGCCAUGCAAACUACAAGAUAAAGUCUUCGAAAGGAUUCAUUGUUGCUGAAGAGAAGAAGGAGCUAAUGGCAAUCUUGGACCAUUUCGAUAUUCAAGUCGAUAAUCCAGUUUGUUUUUUAACUCAGGAUGCUAGCAAAGAGUUCUUAAGCAGCCAUCAUCCCUCCAAGAUGUAUCAGUUUUACCUCAAAGGUACUCAACUAUCUCAGCUCAUUAAUAAUUGCAAUUAUGCAAAAUUAUCACAACGAAUCUUGCAAGAUAUCUUGAAUAAGGAAGAGGAGUCUCUGAAGGAACUCCAAGAUGAUUUGGAACAAAAAAUGGAAAGGCAGAAAUUGUUUGAUCAAAUUGAUGAAAUCAAUCAGCAAUUAACCCAACUUAAAAGUGAAUUAGCUUGGGCUUACGUCUACCAAGAAGAAAAUGUAAGCUAUUCGUAA